AUCAUGUCCGGUUUAGUAGACACGUACAACAACAAUGACUCUCACACUGGGAAAAUAACACUGUUAUAGCACGACUCUGAGUUUAGCAAUUGUCAAGCAUAGAUGUGUUUGCCAAGGUCUCGUUUGAGCACAAGCCGUCCAAGCAAGCCACACAUCAGGAGCAUGCUGUCACUGCAUGUCCGUCAGCCUUGCUCACUUCAAAGGUGCUCGUAAUCAGCUGGGAGAUUGUGUUGCAGAAGGGUCCAUUUCACGACGCUGUCAUGCAGCAUGGUUAGUGGAGUAUUACUGUGCCUGUGGAUUUUACCUUGGAUUUUACUGUCGUGGAUUUAGUUGUGGAAACCAAGGUUCUAUGAAUGUAUAACAAAGUGCAACCCCCACUGAUGGCGACGACGGGGACGCAGAAGGCAGGGGGGAAGUCACCACACUGCAAGGUCUGCGGUGACGAGUCGUCAGGAUUCCACUACGGGGUGGACUCAUGUGAGGGAUGCAAGGGAUUUUUCCGAAGAUGCAUCACCCAAGGAAUGACACACAAGUGUGCAAAUGAAGAAAAGUGUGAGAUAACGCCUUUUACCCGCAAUAGCUGUCAGUAUUGUCGCCUCAAGAAAUGUUUCUCCGUGGGAAUGUCUCGGGAAGCCUCACGCCUUGGUCGACGUCCCAAACGACUGAAAGACGUAAGCGGCGAUUCACAGCGAUCUCAUCAAGUGAACCUUCCAAUAGCACCAUACCCCUCCCCAGCAGAACUCUACAGACUCAGAAUGGCAGAACUUCAGAAACUCCUCCAAGCUAACGGCACCUUCAAGUCGGAGCUGAUGCAGGCCUUUCUCUCGGCAGCACAGGCCAGCUUCCGUGAGCACGCCAAGAACAGCACCACGGGGUCCACAAGCACCACCAACACAACUCACACAACCCUUGACGGGAACCAGAACACGUACACACAGGGCAUGAUCCCAUUCGGGAACGAGUCGGGCUACUCCAGCAUGAGCAGCCCGGCUAGCAGCAAGAGCCAAUCUCCCCUUCACGACAACAACCAUCCACAGAUGCUCAACAACAACCAGAUGAUGGACAACACCAACAUGAACACCAUGCCACCUACCACGACCUACAAUGCCAACACUACUCUGGGUCUCCAGCAGCAGCAGCAGCAGCAGCAGCAGCAACACCAGCAGCAGCAGCAGCACCCUCUUGGCAUGACGAACACGCAGAUUGGACACAACAGCAUGCCAAGCACUCACGUGUCCAACAUCUCCAGCCCAAUGUCCAGUACGACCCUGCCCAACACGCCGAGCCCACUGUCCACAUCGUCCAACCUCAACGCCCCUGUACCCAUGCCCUACAUCAUGCCCCAAGACUGCCCCGUCACCAUCAAGACCGAGCCCACGUCUACAGGUGCCUGCGAUUUCCCUGAUUCCAAUGGCAACCAGGCGAUGGAAGUGUUGCGGAUGCUGGAUGAGGCGAAGCAGACGCCGGUGGGGUCAAGGAGGCAGUUGAUACAGCAGGUACAGGAAGCAGUCACCACAGCCCAUCUCAGCACCUCCCUCAACACGAUCAAGUCCGUGCAGGAUGCCAAUGAGCGACUGAGAAACUCCACGAUGCCGAUUCAGAUGCCCGACAUGAGCAAGUUGUCCCUGAGUGCGGACUCCAUGUGGCAGGGCUUCCUGUCCCAGAUGGUCCCCGAGAUCACCAACGUUGUCAAGUUCUGCAAGAAGUUGCCAGGCUUCACAGAGAUUGAGCAGGAGGACCAGAUUAAACUCCUGAAGCAAGGAUCCUUUGAAGUGAUGAUGACACGCUUCACGAUGCUGGUCGACGUAGAAACGGAGGAAAUGCUGGACCCAUCGCACAAGAUGAAGUGUCCAAAGCAAGUUAUCAUGUCGAUGCCGAUGGGAAACUUCUUUCAAGAGUUCUUCAAGGUUGCGGGGGAGCUCAACCCCCUGAACUUGACCGACAGCGAGAUCGGAUUGUUCUCAGCCUGCCUCAUUAUGUGUCCUGAUCGCCUGGGUCUGAAGAAUGUGAAGGCUCUGAAUAAGAUCCAGAAUCUGUUCCAACAGUCUCUCUACAUGAUGCUCGAACAGAACCAUUCUGAACCAGACACAUUGUUCCUGAAGCUGCUGACCUCAGUCCCCGUCCUCCGAACCAUCAACGAGGAACACUCCAAGGCCAUCAACAACAUCAAAAUGACCCAACCGGGAACAUACGAGGAAGUGUUCCCCGCCUUGCAUCAAGAAGUGUUCGACGGCAAACUGUAGGCAGCCAAUCGGGCAACAGAUGAUAAACUGGAGGAGGACAUCUGCUGCUGUUUAGUCUGACCAAUCAGAGACUCCGUAAGAAAGGCUUGCUAUGGCCGAUGAUGUGAUGUUGACGCACGAUGCGGAGAACUGUUGUUGGUUAUAUAUGCGGCGACAUAUUACAACAGUACAGCGUCUGGUAGCUGGUCCAGCUCAGUAAACCAUCUCUCAACUUUGUUAAAAUUCAAAUUAAAUUUUAGGAGUUGAAUGUAGCUGAAGACAGAUGAAAUGGCUCAAGUCUGUGGCAAUGUAACAAGUGAGAACUCUCUGUCGUCAUGGACGCUUGUAUUGGUAGAAGUUAACCUGUUACAAGGAUACAACAUUUGUGCCUACAUCAAAGUAUUGUAGUUUACAAAUAAGUGUCUUUGAGAAUUUUUAGAUAUACCGUAAUUGACGUAUUAUACAAACGGAACGAUUUGAGAUUCCAAGUUUUAUGAUUUUUUAGAAACUUAAGAAACUGUUCACCCGAAUAAACUGAAUUAGGAUAUCUUUAGGAUGUGAAUGAUUUAAAAAUCUAUUCAUGGAAAAGAAAUCUCGACAUUAUCUUAAAAAUGUUUGUUUUUUAAAAUGGGGUUCUUAAUACGUGGUAUAUUGUAGUAUAAUUCCUCUUGAGGGCAAGUCUUCUGUAACAAGACGGACACUACAUCAUCUUCAUUGAACAAAAAUCCUUUUCCAUGACUAUUUGAAAUUGUAAGAGAGGUUGAAUGGUGUUGAAGGUGUAGAAUAUAGAGAACAUGUGAUACAACAGGGCUUGUGUGGAUGAGUGAAUGUGGGAGUGGACGUUGUUCAUGUAAAUAUAGGUCAUGUGUCGGAAGGGCCCUGUCGACUGCCAAUUGCGAGAUUCAUGUAUUGUGUAUCAUAUACUAUGAAGUUUAUCGUCUGAGCAUUGUUAUUGAUUCAUUGUAAACACCACAUCAACAGAUGGAGAUGUUAUUGUACAGAUUAAUCUAUUUGUAUAUAACCCGUGUAACAGUAGACCGUAAUCACUGACCUUUGGAGACUUAUUCAUCCUAUUUUCAGAGAAACAUUUGACUGAUCCUUGAGGUUUUUAGUGGUGUGCUCGUCAACCCCCUCUGACAACUGGUUGAACUCAUCUUUUGCUAGUUUGAUCAAGUUUACUCCAGAUUGGUCUAGUUUGAACUAGUUUCAUCCAGAUUGGUCUAGUUCAAACUAGUCUCAUCAAGAUUGGUCAAGUUUUUAGUUGUGUUCUCGUCAACCCCCUCUGACAACUGGUUGAACACCAUCUCUGGCUAGUUUGAUCUAGUUUAAUCCAGAUUGGUCUAGUUUGAACUGGUUUCAUCCAGAUUGGUCUAGUUUGAACUAGUCUUAUCAAGAUUGGUCAAUUUUAAUCUGGUUUACAGGAUAAACAUUUCAACCUGAUUUAGGCUGGACAUAGGAAAUAGACAAUAUUUGUGUCCUUUUUGGUUGUUGUGGGUUUGAAUCCAGCUUUACCAGUUGAAUGACCUUUGGUCUGUCAGUACCAGCUGUGACCUGAGUGGAAGACGCCUGACCUGCUGUGACGUGACCAUGUUACUAAGAUGCUAAGAUGAGCCCCAUGUUGACUUCUAGGUGUAGUUAUUAUAUAUCAGUGUCUCCGUGCUCAUGUCUUCAUGCUUAUGUGUCUUGUAAAGGAUUUAAUAUUUCGUGUUCACAAAGUGCAUAAUUUGUGUAUAAUAUUUCAGGGAUAUGAUUAUGUACAAGCUCCAUAGUGCUGACUAUCACAGUAUCUGUUACCUGUGAGUGUUUUAUCCCGCCUCAGUUGGGGGGGGGGACUUUGGCUCGUUAACCUCAGGUUGCAAACACUAAGUGCUAAACCAAACAUUUCAGCAUCGGCUUUUUUUCUUUAUAUGAGAGAUAAAUGUUUUUCUUAAAUAUUGAUUCAGAUAUGACUAUGUUCAUCUACUGCUUUAGUAGACUGUUUUGAAGUGAAUUUUUAUCUCAUUUUUUUUUAGACAUUGAUUUUGUUAGGUUGUAUUGUGUUUGUUAUCUACUCUGCCUUGGAAGCCUGUGUUUCAGUUGUUUGUAUUAUUGUUUUACAAUGCCGAUGUAUGGAAGUAAACAAUGGGAAUAAAGAUUCAUAAAUCAAA